UGACAGCUAGUAUCAAAAAAAUCAGUAGGGCGAUCGAUCGAAGUCUCGAAGCGCAGCUAUGAAAUUCAAUAAUAACAUGGAAAGAAGACGUGGAAUAUUUAAUAUAAACUGUUGAAAGUAUUGACCACAUACUCGUCUUAGUUGAACAUUAUAAAACAUUCCAUUAAUGGUUCUCGAAUGCGUUGGAAAGAUCUGGCAUAACCUCACAUUGUUACCUAAUAGUUUUAUUUAUAUUACUUCCGUGUUUCGUAUUAGCGGAAAGUGGAUUUAGUAUUAAACUAGCGUAGUUCUACAUUAUUUCUUACUAGAUACGUAAUUUAUCUACCGGUCUGAGUCCCUUAGUUCUAUAUUAUGAAAUAAAUAACUUUAACCAAACUCGUUUGUUUUGGUCUUAAAAGUCGGGAUAUUGAGUUAACUAUGACGGAGCCUGUCGAAACGGACAUCUGGAGGGACACAUGGAUACGAUACCUUGGGUACGCCAACGAGGUGGGGGAGUCCUUCCGACAGCUCGUCUCCACCAAGGUGGUCCGGUCAAGCUAUGCAAUUGCUUUUGCAUACACGUUCGGAGAUACUGCGGACAAGAGUUACCAGAUGUUACAAAAAGACGGGCGACCAAAACGUGUGUUGGUGGAGGCGGGAGACGCGCUCCUGUGGCAGACACUGGCGUCUGUCGUUAUACCCGGAUUCGUUAUUAACAGGCUAUGCACAUACUCCAUAGUGUAUCUAAAGAGGUAUCCCACUAUCCCUCGCACCGCUAGGAGUUGGAUAGCCGUGGGGGUUGGUCUAUCCUCUAUCCCGUUCAUAGUGAAACCUAUAGACUCCAGCACUACAUGGCUUAUGGAUAGCACCUACCGAAGAUGGGUCAAGAAUGAGCUCUAAGAGCGAAAAAACACAUAGACAU